GUCUUUACAGGGGAUCCUUGAUUUGAAUAGAACGGAAGGUUUAAGGGGAAAAAACUAUGAUUUUGCGGUUAUUCAAAUUGAGGACCACCUUAGUCUAUUUACUUUUUCGAUUUUAUCACAAUUUGUCGAAUGAAUAAUUAUUUAAAGUAUGGAUGCAUUCUUAAAAAGUGGUAAAUUAUCGUCAUCGAAAGCUGGAACUAGCACAGGAAGUCAAAAAGGAGUAAAGGAUAAGAAACAGAAGGAAAAACCAAUUCCAUGGGUUGAGAAGUACCGUCCGAAAAAAGUGGAUGAUGUAGUCGAGCAACAAGAAGUGUGUAAUGUUCUCCGUGACUGUCUUAAUAGCUCUGACUUGCCAAAUUUGUUGCUUUAUGGUCAACCGGGUACUGGAAAGACAUCAACAAUUUUAGCCGCAGCACAUCAGUUGUUCGGUGAAUUCUUUAAAGAACGAGUAUUAGAACUGAAUGCGUCUGAUGAUCGAGGUAUAGCUGUAAUUAGAACAAAAGUAAAGAACUUUGCACAGCUUAAAGCAUCAUCAAUUAGACCAGACGGUAAGCCAUGCCCACCAUUUAAGAUAAUAAUUCUUGAUGAGGCUGAUGCGAUGACUCAUGCAGCACAAGCAGCAUUACGUCGUACAAUGGAAAAAGAGACUAGAACUACAAGAUUCUGUCUGAUCUGCAACUAUGUAUCUCGAAUUAUUGAACCAAUUACAUCACGUUGCACAAAGUUUCGAUUUAUUUCACUUACUGAAGAAAAAGUCAUGGAAAGAUUGAAGCUCAUUUGUGGACAAGAGAAUGUAAAGAUUGAUGAUGAUGCACUGAUGAGUAUUGUGGAUAUAUCUGGCGGUGACAUGAGAAAAGCUAUAACAACACUUCAGUCAUCUUAUAGAAUAAAAUGUGGAUCUGAUGUUCAAGGUACAGACAAUCCAAUAACAAAAGUGGAUAUACUGGAAAUGUCAGGCAUGGUUCCUGAAAAAUUUCUAACAGACUUCAUUCAAAUUUGCCGUAAAAAUGACUUUCAAAAGCUCGAAAAUUUCGUUGAGAAUUUCAUGUUUGAAGCAUACAGCGCAUCUCAGUUCUUUGACCAACUUAGUGAACUGAUUGUUAUGGAUGAUUCAAUUACAAAUGAACAAAAGAGCAUAAUGCUUGAUAAAAUGGGCGAAGUAGCAUUUCGAUUGCUGUCUGGUGGCAGUGAAUAUCUACAAUUAAUGAAUUUUGGAUCUACAGCAUUAAUGGCAUUUGAGAAGAAGUGAAGUGAAGUUUUUAUGUCAAGUUUUAAUUUUAUUAAUUAAGGUUUUAUAUGAGAAAAAAAAAUAAAAAUACAUCUUAAGAUAAAUCAUCAAAAUCUUCAUCCUCUCGCUUCCUCUUAAUUGAGACUUCUUCAAUAAUAUCCAUCUUAAUAUCAUCUUCUAUUGGAAUUUGUGGCUUAUUGAUGCUGAUUGUUGGCUUAGCAACUUUAAAUGUGGGUUUUGGAAUUGAAACACUUGAUGUCUUGUUCAAUGUUUGUCCCAAUGUUGGUUUCUUAAUUACAUUCGUGACUAAUUGACUUCCAGUCACGAGCUUUGUCUUGAUUGUGCUGCCUUCAAUAGCUGAUUUAACGAGCUUCUUUGUUGGCGCUUGCGAUGAUGCAGCACGCAGUUUAUAAUUUGCAGCUAAUAGACAAUGACGAUCUGGUGGAAGUCGUAAGCCUGAAUGAGGCUUUAUUGGAAGCAAAGGCUGUGAAUUUUUUUGUUUUGCAACUUCAAACAGCACUUCUCGAGGCGGUGGUCCUGUAAAUGAUUUGUCCAACAGCAUUGUUGAUGCUAAUUUGACAUCUUCCAAGUCGAUUCCUUUCUUUUUUGAGUGGUUUGCGU